CACCUCUGCAACUUCCAGAGGGGGUGGCAUUUCAACGAGCAUGACAUUGUACAGCGAACCUCAAACCACAGGCUUGAGAAGGGACACAUGGAAUGAGCAAGAGACACAGUAAUGAGAAGGGUUCCUGUUGAUGUAGUUGAGCGAUGCAGUCCUGCAGCUCUGCUUACUGUGUCCUGACCUUACUGAUCAUCACAUUCACUGCUGUGUCUGAAUCAGCUGAUCCUACAGUGAAGGUGAAUCUUCAUGACUCUGCUACUCUGCCCUGCUCUGAGAGAUGCUCUGGUGUGGUCAGAUGGACUGUGUUCAGUAAUCCCACUGAUGUUCUGGCUGAGUGUGAUCAGACUUCAUGUAGAUCAAAGAAGGGAUAUCAGAUGAUCCAUAAUCGGUACCUGAAGGGAGAUCUCUCUCUCAUCAUCACUAAUGCUGAUUACAGUAUGAGGGGCUUGUACACGUGUGAGUGCGGUAAUUCAGAACUCUGUGAUGUGCGGCUUCAGGUUGAAGAUCCAGGGAUGAAUAUUUCUGGCAGCAGUCAUACUAAAGGAACACCCCAUGAUGGAGAACAGGCGUCUGUGCCAGGGUGGGCGACUGCAAUGCUACUUCUCACAGUGUUGGUGGUGUUGGUGUUGGUGUUGGUGUUGCUUAUAUUGAGGAGGCACAAUCAGGGAUUCGAAAGGACAAUGCAAGAACAACUCCACAAGAGUAUCCAGAACAGUGACCAGACUGGGCGCAUAGAAGAGACCCUCAAAGAGAGAUUUGAUGUUUUGGAGAGGACUGUUGGCCAGAUUAGUGGGCAGACUAAGGGCAUAGAGAAGACCCUCACACAAACACUUGAUUCUGUGCAGAAACUUGGUGAGAAGAAUAGUGAGCAGAUUAAGUGCAUAGAGAAGACCCUCAAAGAGAGACUGGAUUCUUUGGAGAGGACUGUUGGCCAGAUUAGUGGGCAGACUAAGGACACAGGGAAGACCCUCACACAAACACUUGAUUCUGUGCAGAAACUUGGUAUCCAGAACAGUGACCAGACUGGGCGCAUAGAAGAGACCUUCAAAAAGAGAUUUGAUUCUUUGGAGAGGACUGUUGGCCAGAUUAGUGGGCAGACUAAGGACACAGGGAAGACCCUCACACAAACACUUGAUUCUGUGCAGAAACUUGGUGAGAAGAAUAGUGACCAGAUUAAGAGCAUAGAAGAGACCUUCAGAAAGAGACUAGAUUCUUUGGAGAGGACUGUUGGCCAGAUUAGUGGGCAGACUAAGGGCAUAGAGACAACUAACACACAACUUGAUUCUGUGCAGAAACUUGGUGAGAAGAAUAGUGACCAGAUUAAGAGCACAGAAGAGACCCUCAAAGAGAGACUGGAUUCUUUGGAGAGGACUGUUGGCCAGAUUAGUGGGCAGACUAAGGGCAUAGAGACGACUAAAACACAACUUGAUUCUGUGCAGAAACUUGGGGGUCCCCAACCUUUUACAACUCGUAGAUGAUGUUUAAUAACUACAGAGAGCUGGAUGUCGGGCUGAACA